AUGGAUGCACUCAUGGCUAACUACGGAUCCGACUCUGAUGAUGACAAUGAGCCGGCGACGGUUGCCGGUGGUGCUCCGGAGCCACAGGAAGCUUCCGUGCUGCUUCCUCCUCCUCCCCUCGACCUUCUCCAGCCCCCAAAUUUCGUAGAUUACUCAACAAUUGCACAGGGGAGUCGCAUCCGGAGUUUCCCCCAUGUGGAAGGCAACUAUGCGCUGCAUGUCUACAUCCCUGUUGUCAUUCCUUUCAACGCAAGAAAACAGCUGACCCUCGUUAUGAGAAGAGCUGCAUCACUUGUGCCAGAUCUCUAUGCUGUAGAUGCGGACUAUGCACUUUCGGAAUUGUGCAAAGAUGAGCAAAAACUUGAGAAAGUGCUUCUGGGCAGGGAGUUCCAUGUAAGCUUAGGAAGAACUGUUGGAAUCCAGGUGCAUCAAAUUGACUCCCUCGUCGCAAUGCUUCGUCAGAAGUUUCAGUCACAACAGCGCAGGUAUUGGAUGGAGUUCAACAAAUGGGAGCAUUUUGUCAAUGAUGAUUCUACACGAUCAUUUCUUUCACUAGAGGUUACAAGAACUGGGUUACCAGAGAUAAGUAAACAAAUACAUAUGGUUGAUGAAGUAUAUCGAUUGCACGGUCUCCCUGAGUUUUACAAGAAUCCUCGGCCACACAUAUCACUGGCGUGGGCAUUGGGUGAUGUUAGCUCCAAAUUGAAGCAGGCAACUAAGGAGAUUGAAAAAUUUGAGAACAGCAUCAACUCAUCUAAAAACUGUAAUCUGAGGUGCAAUUUCAGUUGUAUAGUGUGUAAAGUAGGCAAGAAGGUCUACGAUAUCUGUAAAAUUGGAGACUGA